CGUUUCGAGGAACCGGGACGCUGCGGGCGGUGCCACUGCUCUGAGACCGACCGCGCCCCUGCCUGCCGGCCCGGGGCCUCCGCGCCUCGGGCCCGCAGAUACCUAAAGGAGCCGCACCCCCUUUCGGGCCUGCUCUCGGCAAGCCACACCCCCUCGCGGAUCACUCUUAAAGGAGACUGGACCCCGGCUCGCUGACAGCUUCUGUACAAAGCGCGGUCUAUUUCUCCGCUGAAAGAAGCGUGAGGGUGCGGCCGUUGGGAAAUGAAGGCUGCGGGGCGAGGAAUGGGGAAGGAGAGAAUAACCUGAAAGGUUAAAGACUCCCAAAGUGAGGGAGCAUCAGAAGCUCUUGAGGUCUGUGGCCUGAAAGGCGCUGGAAGCAGAGCCUGUGAGCGUGGUCCCCAUCACCAGAGCCCCAGCCCACCGCCGCCAUGGUAGGAAAAGGUGCCAAAGGGAUGCUGGUAACGCUUCUCCCUGUUCAGAGAUCCUUCUUCCGGCUGCGCUUUUCCAGAGCCACUCCUUCCAUUUCCCUAGCAGAGUCUAUCCUCAAAGUCUGGCAUGAGGCCUACAACUCUGGUCUCCUUCCCCAACUCAUGGCCCAGCACUCCCUAGCCAUGGCCCAGAAUGGUGCUGUGCCCAGCGAGGCCACCAAGAGGGACCAGAACCUCAAACGGGGCAACUGGGGCAACCAGAUCGAGUUUGUACUGACGAGCGUGGGCUAUGCCGUGGGCCUGGGCAAUGUCUGGCGCUUCCCAUACCUCUGCUAUCGCAACGGGGGAGGCGCCUUCAUGUUCCCCUACUUCAUCAUGCUCAUCUUCUGCGGGAUCCCUCUCUUCUUCAUGGAGCUCUCCUUCGGCCAGUUUGCAAGCCAGGGGUGCCUGGGGGUCUGGAGGAUCAGCCCCAUGUUCAAAGGCGUGGGCUAUGGUAUGAUGGUGGUGUCCACCUACAUCGGUAUCUACUACAACGUGGUCAUCUGCAUUGCCUUCUACUACUUCUUCUCGUCCAUGACGCACGUGCUGCCCUGGGCCUACUGCAAUAACCCCUGGAACACGCGUGACUGUGCUGGUGUGCUGGACGCCUCCAACCUCACCAAUGGCUCUCGGCCAGCCGCCUUGCCCAGCAACCUCUCCCACCUGCUCAACCACAGCCUCCAGAGGACCAGCCCCAGCGAGGAGUACUGGAGGCUGUACGUGCUGAAGCUGUCAGACGACAUUGGGAACUUUGGGGAGGUGCGGCUGCCCCUCCUUGGCUGCCUCGGUGUCUCCUGGGUGGUCGUCUUCCUCUGCCUCAUCCGAGGGGUCAAGUCUUCAGGGAAAGUGGUGUACUUCACAGCCACGUUCCCCUACGUGGUGCUGACCAUUCUGUUUGUCCGUGGAGUGACUCUGGAGGGAGCCUUCACCGGCAUCAUGUACUACCUAACCCCGCAGUGGGACAAGAUCCUGGAGGCCAAGGUGUGGGGUGAUGCCGCCUCCCAGAUCUUCUACUCACUGGGCUGCGCGUGGGGAGGCCUCAUCACCAUGGCUUCCUACAACAAGUUCCACAAUAACUGUUACCGGGACAGCGUCAUCAUCAGCAUCACCAACUGUGCCACCAGCGUCUAUGCGGGCUUCGUCAUCUUCUCCAUCCUCGGCUUCAUGGCCAGUCACCUGGGCGUGGAUGUGUCCCGCGUGGCAGACCACGGCCCCGGCCUGGCCUUCGUGGCUUACCCUGAGGCCCUCACACUACUUCCCAUCUCCCCGCUGUGGUCUCUGCUCUUCUUCUUCAUGCUCAUCCUGCUGGGGCUGGGCACUCAGUUCUGCCUCCUGGAGACGCUGGUCACAGCCAUUGUGGAUGAGGUGGGGAAUGAGUGGAUCCUGCAGAAAAAGACCUAUGUGACCUUGGGUGUGGCUGUGGCUGGCUUCCUGCUGGGCAUCCCCCUCACCAGCCAGGCAGGCAUCUACUGGCUGCUGCUGAUGGACAACUAUGCGGCCAGCUUCUCUUUGGUGGUCAUCUCCUGCAUCAUGUGUGUGGCCAUCAUGUACAUCUACGGGCACCGGAACUACUUCCAGGACAUCCAGAUGAUGCUGGGCUUCCCACCGCCCCUCUUCUUUCAGAUCUGCUGGCGCUUCGUCUCUCCCGCCAUCAUCUUCUUUAUUCUAGUUUUCACUGUGAUCCAGUACCAGCCAAUCACCUACAACCACUACCAGUACCCAGGCUGGGCCGUGGCCAUUGGCUUCCUCAUGGCUCUGUCCUCCGUCCUCUGCAUCCCCCUCUACGCCAUGUUCCGGCUCUGCCGCACAGACGGGGACACCCUCCUGCAGCGUUUGAAAAAUGCCACAAAGCCAAGCAGAGACUGGGGCCCUGCCCUCCUGGAGCACCGGACUGGGCGCUACGCCCCCACCAUAAUCCCCUCUCCUGAUGACGGCUUCGAGGUCCAGCCACUGCACCCGGACAAGGCCCAGAUCCCCAUUGUGGGCAGUAAUGGCUCCAGCCGCCUCCAGGACUCCCGGAUAUGAGCACAGCUGCCAGGGGAGUGGCCCCACCCCCACCCCGUGCUCCCAACACAGAGACUGGUGAGGCAGAGGUCAGGUGUCUCGCCUGCCCCCUGCCACGCCCUGGCCAGGACGGCUGCUGUCAUCUUGGUCACUACUGCUAGUGCAGUCAUUCGUGCUCGUGCCCCCAGUGUUUACACGUCCUUUGGAUGCCAAGAUGGCAGCUGUGGGGAGGGGUGGGAGUGGAGGGUUGCUGGGAGGUCCAAAGCACUUUGGAGGGGUCUCGGGCCAGGUCCCCAGUGGUCUGGGCGGCUUUACAUGGCCUCUGAUACCCUUAUACCCUGCCCUGAGCUGAGGUUCUGGGUGGGCCUCCAGCCCCAUGGCUAGUGCUCCUGCCCUCAGAGCAGACCCCAGCCUCUGCCAGGCACAUUCGGCUCUUCCUCUCUAGGGGCAGGAUGAGGGGCUGGGGGCUGUGCAGUGUUACUUGUCAGGCUGUGCUGCCCAGCCCUGUUUAUCUGUGUAAUUAUUUUUGUAAACGUUGUAUUCUCUGUGGUUGCCACCUCCGCAGCCCCAGCCUCGGGUCCAGUCUGUCUUCCAGGCCUGCUUGCACCUCACUGGGCUGCUCCGGGGUCUCUGCCCCUCAUUCCAGCCCUGGCUGUCAGGCCCAGCCAGCAGAGGACCGUGACCCAGCAGCCUGCCCAAAGCAUUUGUUUCUGGGGGAUGGGGUGGGGGCUGCUCCACAGGAGGUUUGAGCCCAGCGUCCCAGGGAAGGGGACCCUGCACGACACCCCCUUGCCCUUCCUCCAUCAGGCUAAAGGCCCAGUCUUCCCAAAUGUGCUGCCCUUGUUCAUGUGCCAAAUGGCCCCAGCCCACAUGCCCCUCCCCUCUCCGGAGCGGGAGCUCCUUCUGAAGUGUCUGAAUCCCUGAAGUGUCCAUUUGUCCGUCCUCUGUGCAGUGACAGCCCCGGCCAAGCCACCUCUAAUCCUCUGUAGCAAUAACGGUGCGCCGCCCAUCCCUGCCCAUCGUGCACCACUAAGAUUUUAAAGUCCAUAGAUUUUAAUGAAAUUUCUAUUCCUGU